GGUCCUGUGGGUCUGGCUUUGGGCAAAGUUGACACGACGGGUGUUGUCGGGGAAGAGAAGACUGUGGACAACAAAGUCGAGUUUUUGCCAAUAUCCAAUCCUGUCAAGGGAAGCAAAAACAGUAUUAAACCAUAUUCAGACAGUACUUUGCCUUACUUCAAUCCACUCUCAACAAGUACUGUUGGCAGGAGCAAAGUGCCUCCACCUGUGCCUCCUAAAAAGAGCCACGGAUUAGAUGACAGUUUUAGGCCACCAAGAGGUGACAACUCUAGUUUCUCGGGCACAUCUGCGUCCAGUAAGAACGUGCCUCUAGUGAAAACAGAGACACGUUCUGUGACCUAUGAGCGGGACAACUCACCGUAUGACUUAGAUGAUGGGGAAUUGGUCAGUGCACAUUCUCAUAGUUCCAGAAUGCAGACAGUUGAAACUACCACUUACCAAACAGAGAAGGAUGGCAUGGUGGAGACGAGAGUAGAGCAGAAAUUUACUGUCUCCUUAGAGGGCCAAGAUGAUUUUGACUAUGACUCAGCUUUGGCUGAUGCCAUUCGUUCUGUGAUAGAGUUUAACCCUGACAUGUCUGUGGAACGUAUUGAGUGUGUUCAACACAUAGAGGAUGACAGAAGUGGAAGGACACACAUGGAAUCACAGAUUUAG